AGUUUAUCUAGUUCAAAUUAUGGAUCCCAAUCUCCUACCAGUCGUUCUAAGAACCACUCUACCGAAAAAACUCGAAAAAAUCAAAUAUGGCAGCUAUACAGAAAAUGACUAUGAUUACCCGAUACAUUUGCAUUUGAAAGAGCACGACAUAAGAGUUCAGGAAGAUGGUAGUGACAUAAUUGAAUUUUUAAAAGGGAAAAACGUAUUAAUUACUGGUGCUACUGGAUUUUUAGGCAAGCUUCUACUUGAAAAGCUACUAAGAUGCUGCAAAGACAUUGGAACAAUAUACGUUGUUAUUAGGACAAAAAAAGGGAUAGAUCCUCAAAGUAGAUUAGACGAUUUCCUCAAUAACUGGGUAUUUUACAAGUUGUCUCAAAUCCAUCCCAAUUACAAAGACAAGGUGGUUGGUAUCAGUGGAGACUUCGACCUUGAUGGACUAGGACUUUCGGAUGAAUCAAGGGAUAUUUUAACAGGAAAUGUCAACAUCAUUUACCACGUAGCAGCCACAGUUCGUUUUGAUGAACCCCUCAAAAGAGCCGUCAAAAUCAAUAUCGAAGGCUCCCAGCAUAUGAUCCAAUUGGCCAAAGAAUGCAAGAAACUUGACGUUUUUGUUCAUGUGAGCACAGCGUACUCAAAUUGCCAGGAAAAGCUUAUCAAAGAAGAAUUUUAUGCGCCACAUAUAGAUCCUUACAAGCUAAUGCUGUUAACAAAAGAGUUACCGGAUGACAUUUUGGAGAAAAUCACACCAGGAUUAUUACAGUCAAUUCCAAACACCUACGCUUUCACUAAACAAAUAGCGGAAGAUCUAGUAAAAAGAGAAGCCGCGGAAUUACCUGCAUGCAUUCAAAGACCUUCAAUAGUCAUUGCUUCAGCCAAGGAACCAAUAAGAUCAUGGGUAGAUAAUAUUUACGGACCUGUAGGCCUAAUUGAAGGUGCUGCACUAGGUCUAUUACAUAUAAUGCCUGGAAAUCCUAAUGGUCUCGUCGAUUUUGUACCGGCUGAUUUUGUUAUAAAUAAUUGUAUAGCCGCUUCGUAUAAAACUGCAAGGGAACGAAAGCUUGGUCAAAUUCCUAUUUAUAAUUGUACUUCUUCAAACUCCAAUCCUCUACAUUGGAAGGACGUGUGUAUGGCCAGGAAGCAAGGUGAAAAAGUAGGCUCCAAACUGCUUCUGAAAAAAGGCUACUUUAAGUUUACCAGUUGCUGGUACUGGUACUAUAUUGUUAGCUUCCUACUCCAUACCAUACCCGCCGUUACAGUGGAUUUUGUACUGGAGCGACUGGGGAAGAAGCCUUUGCUUCGCAAAGCCUUUGGAAAAAUCGACAAAUUCAUCAACAGUUUGGUUCACUUCACGUUGAACGAAUGGAAGUUUGUUGAUAAAAAUUCGCAAAGCUUAUGGGAUGACCUUAAUGAUAGGGAUAAGGCUAACUUUCCAUUCGAUAUUAAGAUAUUGGAUUGGCAAGACUAUUUUGACACGUAUUUGGUAACAGGGAGAGAGAUUCUAACCAAGGACUUUUUGGAUACUUUAGAUGAAGGAAGAAUGCUAAAGUUAAAGUUGGACAUAAUCCACUACACGUUUGUGACCCUUCUAAUAGGAUUGUCAGUGUAUUUUUUGGCAAACACCAUAUUCUUUUUAAUUCCUUUAUUGUUCAUCUCUAUAACUAUUUUUUAUCUCAUUCCUUGAAAAUGUUUUAUUGUUACUUAUUCUACCUAUAGGUACUUAAAUUUUGUUACCUAUGUUAAUAAAUGUGUUAAUUUAAGUAAUCCAUUUAAAUGCUUACCAAAUCG